AUAAAACUGAUUUUGUAUGCGAGAAAACUUGCUCAACAGGAUGUAGGCAAGUUGGGGGUUUAUCACAGCAUCUUGGCAGUUGGGAAGGUUUCUAUGGGGGCAGGUGAGAACCCAGGAUAAAAGAACACGAGCAGACAUGUGAAGGGGUGGGCAGGAGAGAGGGAGCUGGGCAGCUGAGAGGAGGCAGCUAGAGAGCUGAAGAAGCCAGAGGAGCCUGGGACAAGACAUGUGAGGAAUGAAGACCAGAGGGGAAGGCAGAGAUAAAGCCGAACUCUAUUCCCCUGCCUUUUUGAGAGGGAGAACAUCCAACACAACAAAGCAAUCCAUCAAUAAAAGAAUUAUCGUAGAAAUACUUAGAGGACAAAUUUCCAGUGGGCCCUGACACCAAUGGCCCAACACUGAAACAAUGUCAGGCAGUUUCAGAAUUACAUGGGAGAUACUGCUACGACAGAUGGAGGAGGCAGCAGAAACAGAUCCGUAUGGAUGUCAUCAUCGCACAUUACAAGCAUGAAAAGCCAACCCCCAGCCAAGUCCAGAGCUACCUGAAUCGGCAAGGGUGGCUUAAACAAGUCCCAACCGUGGAGGACAUCCUGCUGUAUUGGGAGGCCAGUGAAAAGCCAAAAAGUGAUGCCACAGACAGAAGAAUACAACAUCUUACCAACACUCAGCAGUGGCCAGGAUUGGCUGUUGUAGAUGAUCCAGUCAAAGGAGAAAAAGUUGUGACUCUCCAGGACUUUAAAAAAGGUGACUACAUUUGUGACUACCAUGGGCCGGUCAUUUCUGCAAAGGAAGGGGAUCGGCUGAUGAGGUCGAUGGAGCAGAAUGAAAUGGGAUACUUAUAUUUCUUCUUGGACAGAGGGAAUAAAAGACUCUGUAUCUAUGCCCAGAAUGUCCCUUGCUCCUGUCACAGUGACCUACCGACAACUUACGGGAGGAAAAUUAACCAUUCCCGUAAAAGGCCAAACCUCAGACCCACCAGUCAAAUAUUUCUCAAAUGACGACAGACCGUACAUAUUGUUUUCUGCAAACGAGGACAUUGAUGCUGGAACAGAACUCCUGUUCGAUUACGGAGCCACAAGAAAGUCAUUCUCUGGUGAGGGGGCAGAUCUUCCCUGGAUUGAUGAGUAGAUCCUCUGAAGUUAAAACUUUGUACAUGUGCACGAACUUUGGCAUGCAGGACUUUGCACUUUUGGCACAUCAUUCAAGUAUCUAAACAGACUUUACACUCUUUACAACAGUUCCAUUCCUAAGUAAUACUCAUCUUUACAGUGACAUUUUAAAACUGAACUUUUUAUUUGUUGCUAAAAUAAUUAUUUGUUUACAGUUUAAUUUUCAUGGAAUAAAUUUUGAUUAUAUUUUUAACUUUUUGGA